CAUAGUACCCACACCUUAUUAAAUACAAAUUUUCACACCAAAAGAAGAGAAAGAAUAGUUGGAAAACAGGAACAAGAAAAAGGAGCAGAGUUGAGAAAAUUCAGCUCAUCGUCAGAGCUGACUCCACCAAAACUCUAUCCUUUUCACUUAAUCCCCCACAUUUUUUAUUCUAAUUUGUUAUUGUUAUUAUAUUUGUAAGUUCAUUGUCUUUCUUAGGUCCCAAAAAUUCCCUUUUUUUUGCUCCCAAAAUUUUCCCUUUUGAAUUAUUGAAAAUUUCAAGAAGAUGUCAAAUUGUGAUGGUGAUUUGGUUGAUGGAUUUGUGACUACCAACAAUUAUUCUUUUGCUAAGCAACGUGAAAAGAUCAUCAUUGAUACUGAUCCUGGCAUUGAUGACAGUAUGGCAAUACUAAUGGCAUUUCAGACACCGGAAGUUGAGAUCAUAGGCUUGACUACAAUCUUUGGUAAUGUUACUACAAAAGAUGCUACACGUAAUGCAUUACUUUUGUGUGAAACUGCAGGAUAUCCGGAUGUUCCCGUCGCCGAGGGCAGCCCUGAACCUCUGAAGAGAGGGGAACCACGGGUUGCAGACUUUGUUCAUGGUUCAGAUGGAUUAGGCAACUUAUUCUUACCUUGUCCAAAUUCUAAGAAAAAUGACAAUUCUGCAUCUGAAUUCUUAGUGGAAAAAGUUUCUGAAUAUCCUGGUGAAGUGUCUAUACUUGCACUAGGACCAUUGACAAAUUUGGCGUUGGCUGUCAAGAGGGACUCGACCUUUGCAAGCAAGGUGAAGAGAGUGGUCGUACUCGGUGGUUCCUUCUUUGCUUUAGGAAAUGUUAAUCCUGCUGCGGAAGCAAAUAUAUAUGGGGAUCCAGAGGCAGCAGAUAUUGUAUUUACUUCGGGGGCAAAUAUUGAUAUUGUAGGCAUCAACAUUACAACACAAGUCAAAUUGACAGAUGCUGAUCUUGAAGAACUAAGGCAAUCUGAAGGAAAACAUGCUAAAAUUUUGGGCAACAUGUGCAAAUUUUACCGUGAUUGGCAUGUGAAAUCAGACGGCGUCUAUGGAAUUUUCCUACAUGAUCCUGUUAGUUUUGUGGCACUAGUUCGACCUGAACUCUUCACCUUCAAGAAAGGUGUCGUGAGGGUUGAGACACAGGGCAUUUGCGUCGGACAUACCUUGUUGGACCAAGGGCUAAAGAAGUGGAAUACGAGCAACCCUUGGACGGAUUAUUCCCCGGUUUCAGUUGCAUGGACAGUUGAUGUGGAUGAAGUUCUGAAUUACAUAAAGAAAAUGCUAAUGAAAUCUUGAAUACCACUGGAUCCCUCGGUCUCUGCCUCGCAUCAAUCUUACUCUGGAAAUCGAGGAACGCGUUUUCUAACAACUUCCAUUACAGCAAUUGUUUUUACUCUUCUUUCCCUCCCUCCCUUGAAACUAAAUAAAUCCCAAUUCUGGGAAAUGUAAAGGGCUUAUAAAUGGAGGGUGGGCAAUGCAUUUUCGUCAUUCUUUUCAGGUCUGUAUUACUAUAUUUUCGCCUCAGACUUAUUGGUGCAAUGGCUAAUUCAUAGUAAAUAGUCAUGUCUUUAUACUGUUUU